UUAUUUCACAUUACGAAUGAAAUGACUAAUCCCAAGAUAAUUUAGUCUUGAGACAAUAGUUGAUCACUCUCUUAGCUUCUUGAUUGACUAUGUCAUUAGUGAAUUGAAAGGGAUGGUCUCAUCAAUGUAUCAAAUCUCAAUUUCUACUCUAAAUUGCUUUAUUCUAAUGCCAUAUUAGGAAUAUCUUCAAGUGUGUAACAAUCAAAAGGUUUUUUCAGGGGUAGAUUGGCUAAAUAUCAAUCUUUUUAAGCUGUUACAGACUGUUGUUGGUAUUGUAAAUGUGCCACAAUCUUGUUCUUACUCAUUAUAGUUUAUGCCCUCUAGCUUUAGUGUGCAACGCAGUAACCUUCUUCUGUCCCAAAUUCAGAAGUUCAUACCUAAAAAGUGGACAAGUGUAAGAGAAUCAAACACCCGAAAAAACUGUGGCCAAACCUUGCUGUGUAGCUCACAUCAAUGUAUUUCAGGGCCUUGUAAAGGAAGUAAUGAAUCAAUGGUGGAUUGCUUACUGACAACCUUGAAGGACUUUGCAGGCCAAGGCCACAUAUGCAAAGCCUUUAGAACCUUUUCUCUAAUUCGGACUCAUGUCUCUUCUCAAACCCCUUGUGAACUUGUUAUACAGUCAUUAUCAUCUCUUUUAUUAUGUUGUACUAAUAGCAAGUCACUCUCUGAAGGGAAACAAAUUCAUGCAUGCAUUAUUAAUUUGGGCAUUGCACAUAGUUGGAAUUUGGUGCCGAGGAUAAUCACCUUUUAUACGACCAUUGGUUUAGUUGAUGAUGCUCAUGUAAUUGCUGAAACUUCAAAUAUCUUGCACCCGCUCCCUUGGAAUCUCCUUAUUUCAUCUUAUGUUAAAAAGCGGCAAAAUGAGGAGGCAUUCUCUGCCUAUAGGCAGAUGGUGAAUAGAGGUAUAAGACCCGAUGAUUUCACUUAUCCGUCUGUUCUUAAGGCCUGUGGUGAACAACUAAAUCUUGCUUUUGGCCGUGAUAUUCACAACUCUAUAGAUGCUAGUUUACUAGAGGGUAACUUGUUUGUCCAGAAUGCUUUAGUUUCUAUGUAUGCAAAGUGUGGGGAAGUGGAUGUUGCACAUGAUAUAUUUGAAAGGAUGCCAGUUAAGGAUGCAGUUUCUUGGAAUUCGAUGAUCUCUGGUUAUGCUUCCAAAGGUAUAUGGAGUAAAGCUUUUGAGAUUUUUGAUAGAAUGAGGGCUACUGAUGCUGAAUUCGAUAUUAUUACUUGGAACACCAUAGCUGGAGGUUGCUUGAAGACAGGUAACUUUGUUGGGGCUCUUAAAUUGUUAUCUCAAAUGAGAACUUGUGGAAUUCAGCUAGAACCUGUGGCAACACUUAUUGGCUUGGGUGCAUGUUCCCACACUGGUUUGUUAGAAAUUGGAAAACAGAUUCAUGGCUUAGUGAUCCGAAGUCACCUUGAUGAUUUUGAUAAUGUAAGAAAUGCUUUAAUCAAUAUGUAUGCCAGAUGCAAGGCACUCAAGCAGGCACAUCUUUUGUUUCAGUUUGUUGACUCUAAAACUGUAAUUACUUGGAAUACAAUCAUAUCUGGUUUUGCACAUUGGGACAGGUCUGAGGAAACUUCCUUUCUUUUCCGAGAAAUGCUGCUUUCUGGUGUUGAGCCGAAUUAUAUCACUAUAGCAGGCAUUCUCCCCCUGUGUGCUAGGGUGGCAAAUUUACAACAUGGUAAAGAAUUUCACUGCUAUCUUACACGACGUGAAGGGUUUGAGGAAUAUUUGCUCUUGUGGAAUUCUCUUGUGGAUAUGUAUGCAAGAUCUGGAAAGGUAUUAGCAGCCAGAAAAUUAUUUAAUUUGAUGAGCAAGAAAGAUGCAGUUACCUACACUUCGCUGAUAGCAGGAUAUGGUAUUCAAGGUGAAGGAAGAGAAGCAAUUGAACUAUUUAAUGAAAUGAUAAGGCUCCACAUAAAACCAGACCAUGUGACCAUGGUUGCUGCUUUGUCAGCCUGUAGUCAUUCAGGCCUUGUGAUGCAGGGCCAGAAAUUAUUUGAACAGAUGCAAAGUACUUAUGGUAUAAAUCCUCAUUUGCAGCACUUCUCUUGCAUGGUUGACCUCUUUGGUAGGGCUGGUCUACUUAAAAAAGCAAAGGAAAUCAUUAUAAAGAUGCCUUUUGAGCCGACACCUGAAAUGUGGGCAACUCUCCUUGGAGCAUGUAGGAUUCAUAGGAAUACUGAGAUAGGAGAGUGGGCAGCCGAGAAACUGCUGGAGCUGAGGCCUGAUAAGCCUGGAUACUAUGUGUUGAUUGCUAAUAUGUAUGCAGAUGCUGGGCGUUGGAACAAACUGGCAAAAGUGAGGACCGUCAUGCGAGAUUUUGGUGUAAGAAAGUCUCCAGGAUGUGCUUGGGUUGAUACUGGUUCUGGCUUUUCUCCCUUUUUGGUUUCAGAUACCUCCAGUGGCCAAACAAAUGAAAUUUAUUGUCUACUGGGAGGACUGAAUAGGCUAAUGAAAGACACUGGUCAUUUGACUACAGAGGAUUCGUCUUCCGAAGAAGAACUUUGUGAAGGACUUCUUUUGUAGUAAAGAAAGGCGAGACUAUGUCCAGUCCUUUGACUGUUUCCACAAGAACUUUGCUCAUGUUUCCUGUUGCAAAGUAUUUGUCGUCGCUCAUGCAGAAUAUGUGCCAGUUUGAUCAAACAUUCUGUUUUUUCUGUCACGGUUGAGCCUUGCAGGUUUUGGAGAGUAAGGGAACACUUAUAGAAUCUAUACCAGUCUUCAAGGUAGAGGACACAGACUCCUUAACUGAAAUUCAAGUGUUAAAGUCUAUUUUCUCAUUAGUUUUGUAGGCUUGUGAUCUCAGUUGCAAUGCCCAGGGUUCUUUCCCUGCAGCAUAUGCUUCAUUUCGCAUGAUAAAUCCCUUGGUGCAGACUCAUUCUGUUCCAAAUAUUACGACCAUUCAUUUUAUACUGAUGCAGUUUUUAGGUAUGUUCAUCCUUUCUUGAUUUACUCUCUCAAAUCCCUUGGUGCAGACUCAUUCUAUCCAAAUAUUUCUUUUGAUGUGCUCCGUGAUGUAUUUAUAUCAAUACUGCCUUUAAUAGAUCUUGAGACUAGUCAGUUUUGUUGAAGAUGAAUAUAGAAUUAACAAAUGAUAAGAUUCAACAUUAAGUUAUAGAAGUACUAUCACCUUCCGUUGGGUUGAGCCAUUUAGUUUUUAUUUGAAGUUGGAACUUCAAGCUUCGUAACUAUUCUGAUGAAAAAUGCAUAUUGUAGACUGCAUUUGAAUUAUAUCAUAGUGUUCUAUUAGUACAAAUAAACAAUAGCAUUUAAGCGAAUGCCUGAAUGGUACAUCAACUUGCAUGCGCCACAGAAAUACAUUCAAAACACUGUAGUGCCAAUUCAUUGAAGAACUGAUAACCCUUUCUGUUUUACUUUGUGAAUUUCCGCGCCAUUGCUGAAACAAUUGAUUUGAUUUUCAUUUACUUGCCAAAAAUGCAGAAGCAAACAAUGGACGAAAAUCUGGCAUUUGAAAUGCUGGAAAACAACUUGAAUAUUUUGCGGCUAUGAAUAUAAUGUAGCUAUGGGGAGAUGGUUCGAAGUCCUGCAUGAAGAGAUAGAAGGUUAGAUUUGCAUUACUAAACUGAACCUUGAAUCCUGGAAACACCAACGUUAGCCUGAAAACCUCUUUCUAGAAAAGAAAAACGUGUAAAACGAACAUAUUAUUACUCAUAUGUGUUCCACACCAAUGUUCUAAAGAGGCAAAGUCAGGUGAUUCAUUGGUGAAUUUGUUCAGUUUGAUGUUGACCUUAAAUGUAUCAAACAACUGGGCAGAAGCUGUUGCUCUUCUUUAUGGACACACAUGAAGCACAAAAAGAGGACAUACAAGAUUGAUAACUGAGAGGUGUCCUCCAAAAUGUUAGUUGAUUGUAUCAAAUGGACUAAUUGAACUCCAUGGAGGAUGCUUAAUGAAGUAAGGAUGAUCAAUGAUUUGCUCAAUCCACAUUCAACAAUGCUUUUAGAGAAGCUAAUCAAGUAGCAGACAGAUUACCUUGAUGUGAAUGUCGAGAUACUCUUUUUAUCCAUUUUAUUACAUCUUUGAGUCUUUUUAACGUAUCAUUUUAGGUGAAAGAUAUGAAUUUGGUUAAAUGUAUUUGAAUUUUGAUGAAUAUGAUUCAAUAGGUUUAUAAUUU